AGGGGCCUGAGACCCGGAGAGGGAUCCCACAGAGCCAGGGAGAGGAGCAGGGAGGACAGGCACGCCCCGGCAGCCCUCUGACUCCCGGAAUAGGUGCCGCCCCUCACCAUAGGUGAAUGGGUCGUGUUCCUGUGGCGCUUCUGGAAAGAGAGAGAGAGAUCCGGGUUUGGAUGCUUCCCAGGACUCUGAACCGGGAGAGGCGUCAAAAGACCCUGUGGGGGCUCCACCUUCCUGGGCUGAGAGUUGGGGGGCUGUUGGACCCGGGCAGACUGCCCACCCGCUCUGGACCCUAGACACCCACCCCCUCUGUACUGUACUGGGCAGGGGGUUUCAGUCGCUGCCCCAACACCCCCUGUACUACAGCCUGUCAAUCUGGGGGGAGCCAACCCCCAUCCCUCCCCACCUUUGCCUGACCUGGGGUGUCCAUCCUCUCCCUUCCUCCAAUGCCAGCCUGUGACUGGACCCCAUGCGGGAGAUCCCCAGUUUCCUGGAACUCCAGCUGAGUCCAUUUAGGUAGGGGUCUCCCACUUGUUUUUCUCUAGGUUUCUGCCACCCGUGUCAUUCGAGAGACUGGGGUGAGCAGUGGGCUGCCCCCGUGACUCACCUGCAUUGGCUCUGGCAAGAAGACCCACGCAGAGAACCAAGAUGUGGCCGACAGAUGCCAUUGUCCUGGGGGCACAAAAGGGCCAGGAAAUGUGUACCCUCGUCCUCCCCAUACGGGGGCCUGAACCCACAGGGUUAAGUCAGAGACCGUCAGGGACUUCAUCACAAAAGUGUCAGUCGGCUGGCUUAGUGGCACCCCCUGCUUCACUGGGCCAGGCCGUGCCACCAAAGCGGCUUACACAAACAGAGCCCAACCCAGCAAGGGCAGAGCCACAGGUCUCCCACGGGCCUCUGCCUCCCCGCAGCUGGCCCCAGAUUCCUCAAAUCUACCCUCACAGGGGAGGCAGGAUGCGGCCUCACCCAGGUGGAGAGACAGACACUCUGCAAGACAGCGGGACACACCCCAGUCCCACCUGCCUGCGCACCACGGCCUCCAGAACGAGCCCAGCCAGCGUCCCUGCCCCCUGCGCCUGCCCGCCCGCCGGCUCUGUCCGCUCUCAGCCUGACCCUGGAUUAAGAAAACCAAGGCGGUGGAGCUAAUUCUCCUGAGGACCCCUGGCGGCUGAGGACAGAAACGCCCCUACCCUCAAGCAGUCAGACACCAGCGGGGACCCCACCAGGCUCGGAAGGACAGGAGCAUGUGCUCGCACCCAGCACAGGUGUAGCCCUGACACACGCACGUGAGUGUUCACACACACAUACACACACCCCUGGCUUCAGAGGACCCAGGAGACUUCAAAAGGCUCCCUCAGCCCUGUUAGCCCUCUUAGCCUCUGCCCCCGUGGCCCUGCAUCCCAGGCCCUGGUUAAUGAUAACCCUGGUGUUUAUGCAGCACCGAGGAGGAGGGACAGGCGAGCAAGGGGCAAUAGGGACGGGUACCUGGCCCACUCCUGGCCAGUCCAGCUUCCCUCUCUCCUUCCUUCCCUUGACACUUUCUAGCUGUGUGAUAUUGGGCAAAUGACUUAACCUCUCUGUGGCUAUAAUAAUAUUCAUGUCAGAGGGAAGUUGGGAUAACCAUGUAGAACAAUGAGAAAAAGCCGGGCACAUAGGAAGUGAUUAACAAAAACAUAGUUAGCUGUUGUUAUUGUUGCCAAUGUCACUUCUUCUCGUCUUAAAGUGAAGUGAGAGCCCAGCUGGGCUGGCACACUGUGUGUGGGUGCAGGCCUGCCUUUGUCCCCUGUGUGUCCCUGGCACCAAGCUCUUUAUCUGCACUUUCCAAGUCCCGGUCGAGAGGGUUAGCAUAUUUGCAGGACCAAGACGGAGCCAGAGUUCCUCCCCAAGCCUGCACCACUGUGGGGCGCCCACCUUGAGCUGAGCCCUGGAGGGUGAGUGGCCUCCGUCUUCUCACUGAGUCCUCUCCUCAUGUUGGAAGUGGGUGUCCUGAAUGUUCCCACUUGACAGAUGGGAGAAAUGAGGAGCCAGGAGGUGAACUGACUGGCCCCGAGGCCACAGGGGACUGUGUGACCUUAGGCGGGUGCUGUCGAGGCCCCUGUCCUUCAACAAGACUGCUGGGUGCGUCCCCCAGGGGCAAGAGAGGAAGUCUGUUCCUCCGUCAGGAGCGUGAGUCUCCUGGUCUAGGCAAGGCGGUGGUACAGACUGGUGGUCAGGCUUAGAGCCGACUGGCACCAUGAAACUAAUCUCUCACCCUCUCUGUUGGUCAGUCUUCCUGUCUGUAAAGUGGGGAUAGCAAAGCUGCCCACCUCACAGGGUUACGGGGAGAGCUGAGUCAAACCAUGGAAGGAAUGGCACGUAGUAAGUGCUCAGUAAACACCGUUGCUAUGUCCCCUUAGGUAUCGUUUAUGAAUCUUUAUCAGUGGACAGACUCUAUCCACAUCACUAAAAGCUUAGUCCGAAUUAAAACAGUCCGUUAUCCACAUACCCAUGAAUUUGGAUCUCUGAAGACAGAAGCCAACAUGGAGCCAGCUGCCAGCUGGGCUGGACUCCUGGCCCGGCCUCUGACUCGGACACCCAGAGCUCAGGUGCUUGAGCGCUGUCCUCAGUUCCUCUAGCUGUGCACUAACCCCAGAGGGCUGGGGCGAGAUGAAAGUAGUAGAUGAACUCUUAGGUUGAGGUUAGUUGCAGAGUAAGUGUUAAAAGGAGGUGGCAUUGUCUUCGUUAUGUCCAUGGGUCAAGUCUCUGCCUGGAAUGGUGGUGGGUAUCUAAAGGGUUAAUUUCCGGGGGGGGGGGGAAGGCAGGGAGGUCUUGGGUUUGGGAUAAGGCAACUGUCCUACCAAGUGUGGCCACCAGAGGGCGCAACUGGACCUGAGCUGCCCCUGGGCCUCAGUGACAGGGACCACCACGCCCUCCUGGGGCCAGAAGGGGGCUGGCUGGGAGUGGCCAGGACCUCCCCCAGCUCUCAGGAGUGGCCUGUCCUCCACUCCCCCUCCAGUCUGCCGGGUCAUUCAGUCCCCACCCGGGUGACAUCCUCCUCACAGUCCCUGGGUGAGGCUGAGUAGGGGAUUCUGGGGAGGGGGCUGGCUGGGAGUGGCCAGGGCAGCUCCAUCCUUGGUGGCCCCACCCCCUCCCAAAGGCCUUUCAGUCCCUUCCCCAGGCCGCUCUUCCUAUGGCCUCUGACCCCCUCCUUCUCCCUACCCUGCUCGGCACGUCCCUUCCCCAAACCUUCAGGGAGAAGCAGGGAGCAGGCAGAGGGACAAUAGGCCACCCGAAAGACAGGGCCCUGCAGAGACAGACAGACAGACACACAAAGACAUAAGGAGGGACGGAAGUGGGCAAUGGACUGAUACAGACAAAGACAGGGAGAGGCAGAGAGAGUCACAGAAAGUCAGAGACCACAGGACACAGGGACAAGGGCCGGCAGAGGGACCGAGGACGAGGGCGCAGAGCGAGGUCAGGGUGCGGAGCCCAGCAGGCAGCUGCAGGGGCCUCUGGCAGAGGAGAUGUAGUGGCCUGGGCCAGGCUGGCUGCGAGACAAGUGGUGCCUCGGCUGGGGGCAGGGGGCAUGGGACGCUCGGGCAUCCUUCUGCUGCUGCUGCUGCUGCUGGCCGGGCCGGGGGUGGGGGUGGCCUGGAGGCCCCCAAAGGGCAAGUGUCCUCCACGCUGCUCCUGCUCCAAAGACAGUGCCCUGUGUGAGGGCUCCCAGGACCUGCCAGAGAGCUUCUCCCCGACGCUGCUGUCACUCUCACUCGUGAGGACUGGAGUCACCCAGCUGAAGGCCGGCAGCUUCCUGAGGGUGCCGUCCCUGCACCUGCUCCUCUUCACGUCCAACUCCUUCUCUGUGAUCGAGGACGACGCAUUUGCCGGGUUGUCCCACCUGCAGUACCUCUUCAUUGAGGACAAUGAGAUCGGCUCCAUCUCCAAGAACGCGCUCCGGGGACUCCGCUCGCUCACACACCUAAGCCUGGCCAACAAUCACCUCGAGGUCCUGCCCAGAUUCCUGUUCCGGGGCCUGGAAACCCUGACUCACGUGGACCUCCGUGGGAACCCGUUCCAGUGCGACUGUCGCAUCCUUUGGCUGCUUCAGUGGAUGCCGACCGUGAACGCCAGCGUGGGGACGGGGACCUGUGCAGGCCCCGCUGCCCUGACUCACAUGCAGCUCCGCCACCUCGACCCAAAGACCUUCAAGUGCAGAGCCAUAGAGCUGUCCUGGUUCCAGAUGGUGGGGGAGUCGGCGCUGGGCGUGGAGUCCUUCUCCUACCAGGGGGAGCCCCACAUCAUCCUGGCCCAGCCCUUCGCUGGCCGCUGCCUGAUCCUCUCCUGGGACUAUGGCCUGCAGCGCUUCCGGACGGAGGAUGAGCUGCCGGCGCCCUCCGUGGUGUCCUGCAAGCCCCUGGUGCUGGGCCCGCGCCUCUUCGUGCUGGCUGCCCGACUGUGGGGAGGAUCCCAGCUGUGGGUACGGCCGGGCCCCGACCUGCGCCUGGCCCCGAUGCAGGCACUGGCCCCCCGACGGCUGCUGAGGCCCAACGACGCGGAGCUCCUCUGGCUGGACGGGCAGCCCUGCUUCGUGGUGGCCGAUGCCUCCAAAGCUGGCAGCACCACACUGCUGUGUCGGGACGGGCCCGGCUUCUACCCACGCCAGAGCCUGCACGCCUGGCACCGGGACACGGACGCCGAGGCCCUGGAGCUGGACGGCCGGCCCCACCUGCUGCUGGCCUCGGCCUCACAGAGGCCUGUGCUCUUCCACUGGUUCGGUGGCCGCUUUGAGAGGCGCACGGACAUCCCAGAGGCUGAGGAUGUCUAUGCCACACGUCACUUCCAGGCUGGGGGGGAUGUGUUCCUGUGCCUGACGCGGUACAUCGGGGACUCUAUGGUCAUGCGCUGGGACGGCUCCAUGUUUCGCCUGCUGCACCAGCUCCCUUCCCGGGGUGCCCACGUCUUCCAGCCUCUGCUCAUCGCCAGGGACCAGCUGGCCAUCCUAGGCAGCGACUUUGCCUUCAGCCAGGUGCUCCGCUUUGAUCCCGACAAGGGGCUCCUGGAGCCACUGCAGGAGCUGGGGCCUCCUGCUUUGGUGGCCCCCCGCGCCUUUGCCCACGUCACCUUAGCGGGCAGACGCUUCCUAUUCGCAGCUUGCUUCAAGGGCCCCACGCAGAUCUACCAGCAUCAUGAGCUGGACCUGAGUGCCUGAGACUGGGCAGGACUCUAGACAUGGCCGAGCGCUGGCGUGGGGAGCCUUGGGCAUCUGGAUGACCUGUUGGCUGGCCUUCUGGCCCCACUUGGGGUAAUGACCAGACCUGUGAGAUGCUGACCACAGGCCAAGUUCAUCAGCUCCAGGUCCAAACCCUAGCCCACCUCUUGGAGGAACUGCCACUGGGAGACAUGGAAGUCCCAGCCUGAACUGCCCUCCCAGUUGGAAGCAAUAUCUGGCGGGAGAGAGAUGCCGGCUCUUGGUGACUUGGAAGCUCAGGCUGGGGCACUGCUUGGAGCCCAAACACCGCAUCCCCCCUUGAUGCGCAGAGUCCCGAGAGGUCUGGAAGUUCUCCCUCAACGACUCCCACCCAAUCUGCUUCCUGCGAAAGCUCCAAAGACAGAAUUCCUUUCCCUUCCAAAUUCAAUCCUGCCAAUCGCUUUCAUGGAGUCCUGCCCGGCCCCAUGACGUCACAGUUGCUGGGCAGUUUUUCCUGCCAGACCUGUUCCUUCUCUCAGCUGCUUAGGCGCACGUCUGCUGCCAGAGGCGGUGACCUCGCGUUUCGUUCCUCUUGCGCGUGCGCGCGCAGGCGGGGGGGGGGCGGUGUGGGGAGGGGGAGAAGUUGGGAUUGGAGAGG